CCUUCCUCCGUCCCGUUAACAUCUGUCAAGUCUCCACAUUGUGCGUUCGCUGAGGCCCCCUUCAGAGCCACUCGGGAACUCGUGAAGGCGAAGUGAAAGUCGCGGGAGCUGUUCGUAGCAUAGCAAGAGCAAUCGCCGGCCAAAACCAUGAUUUCCAGGAGCCUUGCCUGUCGCAGGAUCGUGCCGUCUCUGAGGAACGGCUCUCGCUCUUCCCUAUCAAAGUGCGGAGGUUGCUGGGGUUACACAUCUCAGGCAGCGUCGUCUCUGCUGCAAGCAUGCGAUCCAUCUGUUUACAGCACACGCAAGGAGGAGGAUGAAUAUGCGGACGUGGACUGGGACAACCUUGGGUUUGGUCUGAUGCCAACGGAUUACAUGUACCAAAUGAAGUGCACGCAAAAUGGGACAUUUGAACAAGGACAAGUUAGACCAUAUGGGAACAUUGAGCUUAGCCCUUCGGCAGGAGUCUUGAACUAUGGGCAGGGGCUCUUUGAAGGAUUGAAAGCAUAUAGGAAAGAAAACGGUGGCCUUCUGCUCUUUCGUCCCGAUCAGAAUGCGAUCCGCAUGAUGGUUGGCGCUGACAGGAUGUGUAUGCCCGCGCCUUCUGUUGAACAGUUCGUGGACGCUGUAAGAGAGACCGCUCUAGCUAACAAGCGUUGGGUUCCUCCUCCUGGAAAAGGGUCUCUUUACAUAAGACCUUUGCUCAUGGGAAGUGGUCCGAUAUUAGGUUUGGCACCAGCCCCUGAAUUCACGUUUCUGAUAUACUCGUCGCCUGUCCGUAAUUACUUCAAAGAGGGCACGGCGCCCUUGAGUUUGUACAUUGAGGAAGAGUUUGAUCGGGCCUCUCGAGGUGGCACUGGAGGCGUCAAGACUAUAACCAAUUAUGCACCAGUUCUGAAAGCAUUAGCCAGAGCAAAAAGCAGAGGGUUCUCUGAUGUCUUAUACCUUGACUCGGUUGACAAGAAAAAUUUGGAGGAGGUGUCUUCUUGCAACAUUUUCGUCCUGAAGGGAAAUGUCAUCUCAACUCCUGCUACAAAUGGAACUAUUCUCUCUGGAAUCACCAGAAAAAGCAUCAUAGAAAUCUCUCGUGAUCUAGGAUACCAGGUCGAGGAGCGUGCUAUUCCGGUGGAAGAACUAAUGGAAGCCGAGGAAGUUUUCUGCACCGGAACUGCUGUUGUAGUUGCAUCCGUGGGCAGCGUUACUUACAAAGACAAAAGGAUCGAGUUUAGGACAGGUGCUGAAACUGCUUGCCGGAGAUUAUACGAUAUCCUUGUCGGUAUCCAGAUGGGUCAUAUCGAGGAUAAGUAUGGCUGGGUUGUGGAAAUCAAUUGAGCACUGUGAACCACCUUGUAAGAAAUCGGACAUGGACGACUAAGUGUACAUAGCAUUGUCUUCUUCACCCUGUCAUCAAGAGACUGUGUACUCGUAAAUAUGUAAUUGUCCCGAAUAAUGCCGUCGUUCUGAUCGAUUUAUUUCACAGCGCUGGUCGAGCUUCACUGCUCGAGUUAGAAUUUA